AUUCCGAUCCCCCAACCUAUCCACCCUGUUAUCUUUGACUCUAUUGAUGCUAGCACCAUAAGAUCGGCCGCAUUGAGGACCACCGGCUCAGCGGGACCAUCGGGCAUAGACGCACACGGUUGGAGAAGAAUAUGUACAUCAUAUAAAGGUACCUCUGCUGACCUCGCUCUGGCAGCAAGGAGGAUCUGCACAUCUUAUAUUGAUCCCAAAUCUAUCUCACCCCUACUUGCCUGCAGGCUUAUCGCCCUGGACAAAACCCCAGGUGUACGUCCUAUAGGUGUUGGAGACACUGCCAGACAGAUUAUUGCUAAAGCAGUCCUCUCCAUUACUAGGCAGGACAUACAAGACACCGCUGGAUGUCUUCAACUGUGUGGGGGACAGAUCGCUGGAAUUGAAGCUGCAGUGCAUGCGGUAAGAACUUCCUUUGAAUCAGAUGACAACGAAGGUGUGCUCCUGGUCGAUGCCAGCAAUGCCUUUAACUCGCUUAACAGACAAGUUGCUCUUCAUAAUAUUCAAAGACUGUGUCCACCCCUCGCCACCAUACUAAUUAACAAUUACAGAGCCCCCACCGAACUGUUCGUGGAUGGAGACACAUUACUAUCUCAAGAGGGAACCACUCAGGGAGAUCCACUUGCGAUGCCCAUGUACGCCCUUGCGACCAUACCACUCAUCAGGAAACUGGAAGGAAACUACAAACAGAUAUGGUAUGCAGACGAUGCCGCAGCCGUGGGAAAAAUUACAGAACUACGUGAAUGGUGGGACAAAUUAACUACAGCAGGCCCGGGUUAUGGCUACUUUCCAAAAGCAUCGAAGAGACAUGGUUGAUU